GGGAGGAGAGCGCCGUUCGGCCCACUCGACUAGUACAAUCUACUUCUGUAUGGGUGUUCAGUGCUUCUGUGUUAAGGUGGCUUCCGUGGCUUCGUUAUUUUAGCGCCGUGGUUAAUUUCAAUGCCGCUUGUUCCAUCCAGUGGCUGGAGAAGUAGCACGUGUCGGCAGUAGGUGUUCAGUGGUAACAGUUCCAACGAUCCUACGGCGACAACGUUGACAGCGGCGAGACUACACAGUGUCGUAACAAGAACAUUUAUUUGGAACGACAAGUCGCGGCUACUCGUAGCCACUGCGCAUUUGUAAAGCUACGCGUGUGCGCGGCACGUGCGGCUGCCUUGGUGCGUAAGUAGCGGGAACUGUUUAUGCAGAAGAUGUACCUCUAGCAAACGCGGAAAAUGGCAGUAGGACUAGUCGUGAAUUACCGGGGCUGUGUCCGGGAGCUUAUGCGGCUGCCUGGCCGGCGGAGCUCCCUGCCAGAGUUGUGCGCAUUGCCGGCAAGAGCUUUGACAGAUAUGCGGACGUCGGCACUGUACAUUCGUGGUAAGGAAGCGCGAAACAGACGAGCGCUCCUCCUACCAUACAUUGAAAUAGACAAAAUAGUUAACGAUCUUCCAGCACUGCAGAAGACUCUGCAGUUGAGGAACAUCGGUUUGGACAUAUCUCCUUUGGGUACAAAACUGCCUUCUUUAAGGAUUGUGAAGAAUGAAUUAAAAAGAGUCCAAGUGGAGAUUGUACAGUUGACGCGAGCAUUGGCAGACUACUGGAAGGCGAGUACUGAAGACCAGGAGCACAAUAGUGAAUCGGAACUCAAAACACGGCUUCAAACCCACUACAUGACCGAGCGAGAAGUAAAGCAGUCUUUGUAUGCAAAGGAGGAAGAAGUCAUCCCCUUAAUACUGCGGCUGCCCAACUUUGUCCAACCGCCAAGUGAGGUGAUCAAGUUGGAGUGCUCGGAAUACGGCAUUCGACCCACAUUUCCAUUUCACCCAGCAUCGCAUGUCGAUAUUGGCAGCACUGACAUCAUCCUGCGGCAUGAGCCUCGGCUGUGCUACUUAAAGGGUGCGCCGGCACUGCUUCAUCUUCAGCUAUGCAGGUUCUUUAGUGAACGUUUGCUGUCACUGGACAGCACACCAAUGAGCGGACCAGACUGGGUCGUGGACACCGUGUUAGAGGGCUGUGGCACCGAUCCAAACAACCUAGACCACACCAUGGCCAUUGAAAACAAGGAACACAGCGGAGGUCACCAGAUGCACCUGGUUGGAUCGUCAGCACUAGAGUCGUUUGCAGCCUACCUGACGAGGCGCCAGCCCAAAGACGUGCCAUUGAGUUUCCACACAGUCGGCCGCCGUUACAUAGCUAAGUGCGAUGCACGCCUGCCUGGUCUCUUUUCGCUCACCCAAUCUACGAAGGUGGCUGCUUUUGUGGCUUGCCGUCGCGAAGAGUUGAUGCCUGCAUUUGAGAAGCUGUUGGUAGCUGCCAAGCAGUGGUAUCAAGAACUGGAACUGCCCUUUCGCCUUGUUCUUGCUGAGCCACCAGAGCUGGGCUUCAUUGAAAGCCUACGCGUGUCCAUUGAAGUUUGGUCGUCUGCACAAAACCGGUAUAUACCUAGUGGCUUCCUCAGCCUACACGAUGACUUUGUGAGCAGAAGGCUCAUUAUGGUUUCUGGAACCAAAGCAUCAGAUGCAGAAUUUUUACACACCGCCUAUGCUUGCAUUGCCAAUGUGCAUGCCUUAGUGGCAUGCAUUAUGGAAAAUACACAGACAAAGGAAAAGGCAUUCACAUUUCCAGCAAAUCUCAAGGAUACCUAUGGAAGCUCAUUUACUUCUCAUGGCUGAACCAUAGGGGUACCAAAGCAGCAUUCAAGAUUAAGAGCCAGAAUAAAGUCGCAUAAAUUGUAC